AUGCCGUCUGCAGCGAUGGAUGAUCAGGUUGCCAAACGGCCCAUGAAUUCUUGGUUGGCUUUUCGAUCCUUCUAUUGCACCAUAUUUGAUGGAGUGCCUCAGAAAGAGCGCUCUAGCUUCCUUCGUCAGAUGUGGAGCAAUGAGCUCUUCCAAGCCAAGUGGGCCAUUGUCGGGAAGUCUUACUCGAUUAUCCGUGACAAAGUUGGGAAGCAGAAUGCAAAUCUCACCGAAUUCAUGGAAUUGGUUGCUCCUAUCAUUGGGAUCAUCCACCCCGACGACUACCUAGAGAUGAUGGGUUGGGAAAUCUGCAAGGUGAAUGAAGACCACAAACUCAUCCGCGUCGUGGAGCCCGACCUCAAUGACUUUGAUGAAUCCAUCAAGUCAACCACAAUGUCUGCCCACGAUGUUAUCAAGUACUACCGUGACUCUGGCUACACUGACUUGGAGGACUCAGUGAUAGAUGAGAGCAGCGUGAAUAGUGGCAACUUGACCAUGACGUCCAAGCCUAAGAAGAACGCGAAGAGCAAUCACCUAGUCAAGAAUGCGCUCAGAAUCGAAGCAGAUGUCUCAUCAACUGGUUCUGACCCGGCUUCGUUUGCGUCCAAUGGCAACAACGCCUGUACCUUCAGCUCCAACGGACAAUCUGCUGUUCCUCCUGCAGCCAACGGCAAUGUCGCUGCUGGGAGUGUGGCGAACUUGCACAUUGGCCAGAUCUUUAAUGGAUUCGUCUGGAACGGCGCUGAGUUCGUGCUCCCGGGCAGCAAUGCGGACCACAACUUGAACAACACAGCUGCUGUGCCUCCUCCUGUUGCAGCGACUGCGCAGCGUCAUCGAGCUUAUCCUGAACCGCCCUCUAUUAUCGGUCGCUUUGAUUGUGCGCUUGGCUACUCGCGACCCCCUAGCAAUCUUCCCUGGCUCGGCUGGCAAGUGCAUAUGGGAGGAGCUGCAAAUGCUUCACGACUCCAUGCUCUUGGAAUAUUGCUCCAUAAUGGAGCAGCGCACCAGGCGACUAUCAAUCCCGGUGUCCUUCAGCUUCAGCCCUCAGCCGUUGCUCAAACGCCUGGCGCGAUGACUGUUCCGACCGCCCCGACCGCUCCAUCUGCUCCAUCUGCUCCGACUGCCCCGACUGCUCCGACUGCUCCGACUGCCGGGCCCUCCGUAGCGGCCUCUGGUACCUCUGGUUCGAACCCUUGA